UAACCUCGCACCACAAUCCAAUCAAAAGGAGCUUAGCAAAAUCAUUGAGAACAAGUGUGUGCAACUCCAAACAAGGGGAAGCAAAGGGUCAACUGAACUAUGGCCUACCGUCACUUAUUACUUCUGUCAGAAUUGCUUGCUUCAUGUUCUUUUAUAUAAACACAUGGGAUUCUGCUUCAUUUCAUUUGAACACAAACAUCUCUCUUUCUCUCUCUCUCUCUCCAAGACUUCAUCUUUUUGGAACAGCUGAUGAACCUUUGACAUGGGAGAACUCCAAGAAGUGCAACUUCAGAUCAUGGUUCAGGAAGCUAAAGAAGAAAAUUCAACAGAGUCUACAAGUGUCACCAGCCAGGCAACACUGCCACAAAGAAGAAACUACAACUGGUGGCUCCGAAUCUCGAUCUACGUACUCUUUCUCCUCCUUGGCCAGUCAGUAGCUGUUAUCUUAGGAAGGAUGUAUUUCAUUAAAGGUGGAAACAGCAAAUGGAUGGCAACAGUAGUACAGCUUGCUGGCUUCCCGAUUCUCAUUCCUUUCUAUUUCAUCAUGAAACUCAAAAAUCCUACUGCAAGUGAUACUCCCACAAAAUCCCCAUCAGCCCUAACCCUCACAGCAAUCUAUGUAUCUCUUGGCCUAUUGGUAGCAGCAGAUUGCUUUCUGUAUUCAAUUGGGUUACAGUACCUUCCAGUCUCCACUUACACUCUCAUAUGUGCAUCUCAGUUAGCUUUCAAUUCUGUUUUCUCAUUUUUCCUCAAUUCCCAGAAGUUCACUCCAUGCAUAAUCAAUUCUCUAGUUCUUCUAACCAUCUCCUCUGUCCUCCUGGUCUUCAACAAUGAGUCUGCAAACCCUACUGGAUUCUCUAAAGUGAAGUAUGCAAUCGGUUUCAUAUGCACUGUAGCUGCUUCUGCUGGGUAUGGACUGGUGCUGUCACUGACGCAGCUUUGCUUCAAGAAGGUUAUCAGAAAGCAAACGUUUAAGGUAGUCAUGGAUAUGAUAAUCUAUCAAGAAUUAGUUGCAACUGGGGUUGCAAUGAUUGGACUUUUCGCCAGCGGUGAGUGGAAAAGUUUGACAAGAGAGAUGGAUGAGUAUCAAAUGGGAAAGUUUUCUUAUGUGAUGAACUUAAGUUGGACUGCUAUAGUUUGGCAGGUGUUUGCCAUUGGAAGUGUUGGGUUGAUUUUUGAGGUUUCUUCUUUGUUUUCUAAUGCCAUAAGUGUUUUAGGCUUGCCAAUUGUUCCUGUUCUGGCUGUGUUCGUCUUCCAUGAUAAAAUGGAUGGUGUCAAGGCAAUUUCUAUGUUGCUGGCUGUCUGGGGAUUCCUCUCUUAUAGCUAUCAGCAUUAUCUCGACCAUCGUGAAUCCAAGGCUGAAAACAGAGGUUCCAUUGAGGUUUCUAAAGCUUCUCAUACUGGAGAAGACUAAAAUGGAGUGUGCAGAAUGAUAGACAGCUAUUGCUGGUGUUUGAAACACUUUUUUAGAUGAUUCAAGAACACAUCAGACAAUCCUAGCAUGCAAUAACAUACUAGAAUGUAAUAAAAAUUUAAUCCAACAAUGGCCUAAAACUUCCAUUUCCUUCCA